AUGACGCCACGAAUCCCUGCUGUGCAAUCUACAGUAUCUCGCAUGCUUCCUAUCAUGCUUCCAGCCAGCGGGCUAGUAGCAGCCAUAUCCUUCUCCUAUGCAACUCGCCACGUCGAAGCCGUCCCUCUCCUCCCAUCAGACCCGAUCAUUCAAUCAAAAUUCCACAAGCAGUUCAACACGAAUAACAACCCCACCGUCCACGACCUAUUUAUCCGAAAGGUCCCUGUCUCCGACAUCAACCCCUCGCUCUUGAACCGACCUGGUGCACUGAUCGAGAGAUUUAGCCGCGGUGUCUGGGCUAGUCCUGCAUUCACGGUCCACCGUGCCAUACUCUCCGCUAGAUUGACCGACGAUGAGCACACGCCCGGCCAGCUCUGGUCUCGACACGAGCUACUGAGGUCGAAGUAUUACACGGGCACCGUGAUUACGAAUGAGUUUAUUGUAUUGUCAAAGUCCAAAAACUCGAUCCUCAUUCGUGGUGGUGACAACGUGUCGAAGACGAAGGAACGUCCUAUAGACGGAUUGAUUGAAUUAUCCGUCCAACUGAAGCCAGAAGAAAACUCGGUUGAAUUUGGGUUCAAGUUAUGUUUCUUUCGGGCAGACUUGAAGAUUGAUCAGCCUCCAUGGUCACCUCCCAUGACGUGGCUUCAUGAGCAGUAUGCCAGGGCGCUAUUGGAGUCGGGCGUGCGACACGUUCUUCGCGAGGACGUGGACGAUGGUGGACGUGUCGAAGAUGCGGGUGCAAUAGUGGGAAAAACGCCAAUUACCCCGAUGUUGUGA